AUGAGGGUUAACGUCCUCCCGUGGGGUAUUUCUGAUCAUUCUCCCAUACUUGUCUAUCCCAGUAAUCAGCGAAGCCAACAAGUGGUCUCUUUUCGUUUCUUUAACCAUUGGGUUCAAGAAGCGUCCUUUAUGGAUGUUGUGUCCUCUGCUUGGACCAAAGAUACUAGAGUUUCUCCAAUUGUGAAUAUUGUGAGGAACUUAAGAAAUCUCAAGUCGAUUCUUCGCAGACAUUUUGGUAGGCAUAUCCGGACCAUCAGUGAGGAUGUUCGUCUUGCCAAUGAUACCAUGGACCGAGCUGAAAGAGAGAUGGAGACGAACUCUCUGUCGGAGGAGGCGAGUAAUCACGCGAGCUUAGCCACGGUAAACUUUUGGAAAGCGGUUAGAGUGGAGGAAGCCGCUAUGCGUCAGAAGUCGCGAACCAGAUGGUUGAAGCUAGAUGACCAGAAUACUGCCUUUUUUCAUCGAUCUGUUCGAUCAAGGCAGAGCAGCAAUGCUUUGAGAUCAGUUAUUGACCCAGAUGGAAAUCGGUUGACUAACCAUGAUCAGGUGACUCAGGUGGUAGUGAAUUAUUUCAAAGAUAGUCUGGGUUCUCAGAAUAUUAGCUAUGGAGAGCUCUCUACUAGUAUUGAGGAGAUUGUUCAGUUUAGAUGGACUGAGGAGUGUUGUCAGGCCCUCCAGUCGCCUAUUGGCAGGGAGGAAGUGAGACGUGUUCUGUUCUCCAUGGAUGGUGGAAAGGCUCCAGGCCCUGAUGGGUAUUCAGUUGGCUUCUUCAAAGGAGCUUGGACGGUGGUUGGAGAGGGUUUCUGUGAUGUCGUCUUACACUUCUUUGAGACCAAUUACUUCCCUCAAGGGGUGAAUACGACUGCUAUUACACUUAUUCCUAAAAGGAAUGGUGCUGAUCGAUUGGAGGAUUUCAGCCCUAUAUCUUGUUGCAGCGUUAUUUAUAAGUGCAUUUCAAGAAUAUUGGCAGAUAGGCUUCGUGUGUGGCUUCCUUCUUUUGUUAGUGGAAAUCAGCCAGCUUUCAUCCCUGGGAGGAGUAUUAUUGACAAUAUUCUUCUUUGUCAGGAGCUUGUAGGGGCAUACCAUUUGCACAGAGGUAAACCUCGGUGCACUAUGAAGGUUGACCUCCAAAAAGCUUAUGAUUAUGUUAAUUGGGAUUUCCUCUUUGGCCUGCUGAUUGCCAUAGAUGACCUGAUGAUCUUUUGUACUGCUGAUAAUCAUUCUAUGAGUUUCAUAAAAGAGACUAUUAAGAGGUUUGGUGAGCUUUCGGGACUGUUUGCUAAUCUUGCUAAAAGCUUAAUUUUUCUUGUGGGGGUUAAUAGUUCGAAAGCCUCUCGGCUUGCUGCUAACAUGGGUUUUUCCAUUGGUCAUCUCCCUGUUCGUUAUCUUGGGCUUCCUCUCCUCUCUAGAAGAUUGCGGAGCUCUGAUUGUGAUCCCCUUAUUCAGCGUAUUACCAGUCGUAUUCGGUCUUGGUCUGCUAGAGUGUUAUCUUUUGCAGGUAGACUUCAGCUUGUUCGCUCAGUCCUUAGGAGCCUUCAGGUUUAUUGGGCUAGUGUGUUCAUGCUUCCUAUGAAAGUCCACAGAGACGUUGAUAAGAUCUUGAGGGCUUAUUUGUGGAGAGGUAACGAGGAGGGAAGAGGUGGUGCUAAAGUUGCCUGGGAUGAGGUUUGUCUUCCUUUUGAUGAAGGAGGUCUUGAUAUUCGCGAUGGAUCUUCUUGGAAUAUAGCAAGCACGUUGAAGAUAUUAUGGUUGCUACUUGUUAAAUCUGGUAGUUUAUGGGUUGCUUGGGUGGAAUCUUAUAUCCUUAAAGGGAGAUCGCUCUUGGAGAUCGAUGCUGGGGUGAGUCGAUCUUGGUGCUUUAGGGAAAUCUUGCGUAAGCGGGAUAUCCUUAAAGAUCAUGUUAAGAUGGAGGUGGGCAAUGGAAGGAAGUGUAGAGUGUGGUUGGUUCCAUGGAUUCAGGGUGGGCCGAUUAUCCAGCAGUUUGGGGAGAGGGUGAUCUAUGAUGCAGGUAGUCGGUGGGAUGCGAGGCUGGUGGAUUUCAUGGGUCGGGAUGGUGAUUGA